AUGGAAUCCCGGUCGAUCAACCUUCGGGGCUUCGCCGGAAGCGCAGGAAAAAAUAUCAUGCAGGGGAUUGGGGGAUUCGUUUUCGGCAACGAGGCGUCCGAGUCCAAGGAAGAUAGCUACGUCGAGAGAUUCCUUGACCGCAUAAGCAACGGCACGAUGCCUGAUGAUAGGAGGUCUGCCAUGACUGAGCUACAGUCCCUCGUGGCGGAGAGCCGUUCGGCUCAGAUGUCUUUUGGAGCUAUGGGCUUCCCUGUCCUUCUCAACGUUUUGAAAGAAGACCGUGAGGAUGUUGAGCUCGUCAGAGGUGCCCUAGAAACCCUUGUGAGCGCGCUGACUCCUAUUGAGACGUCACAGGGACUGAAAACUGAGGUCCAACCGGCAUCAAUGAACUCUGAUUUGCUUUCUCGAGAAACAGACAAUAUUUCUCUUCUCUUGAGCUUACUGACAGAGGAGGAUUUCUAUGUGCGAUAUUACACAAUCCAGCUUUUAACAGCGUUACUUACAAACUCGUUGAAAAGGUGCCCAGAGGCAAUUCUAUUAAUUCCCCGUGGCAUAACAGUUUUAAUGGACAUGCUUAUGGACCGCGAGGUCAUAAGGAAUGAAGCACUAUUACUUCUUACUUAUCUGACCAGAGACGCAGAGGAAAUUCAAAAAAUUGUUGUAUUUGAGGGUGCAUUUGAGAAGUUGUUUAGCAUUAUUGGGGAGGAGGGAUUUUCUGAUGGAGGCGUCGUUGUUCAGGAUUGCCUUGAACUUUUAAAUAAUUUAAUACGGAACAAUGCGUCCAAUCAGAUGCUUUUGAAAGAGACAAUGGGCUUUGACCCAUUGAUAUCAAUACUAAAGAUUAGGAGAGGCAGUGCAUUCAAUUUUACCCAACAAAAGACGGUAAAUCUUCUCGGUGCCUUACAUACUGUCGAACUGCUUUUGAUGGGGGGCCCACCGGGUGAAACAGGUAAAGAUACUAGCAAGAUCACCAAUCAAACUGCACUAGCUCAGAGAAACAUUCUUGACCAUCUUCUAUUAUUGGGCGUUGAGAGUCAGUGGGCCCCUGUAGCUCUUCGCUGUACGGCAUUGCGGUGUAUUGGCAGCUUGGUACUAAGACAUCCUCAAAAUCUCGAUUCUCUUGCAAGCAAGCAAGUCGGGGAAGAACCUCAUGUUCAGCCUGCACUGAAUGCGAUCUUAGCUAUAAUCCUGCGAACCUCUGUAGCACAGGAAUUUGUUGCUGCUGAUUAUGUCUUCAAGUGUUUCUGCGAGACAAAUCCCAAUGGCCAGGCAUUAUUAGCAUCAACUAUUGCUCCACAUCCAAACCAAGGAACUGCUACCCAUGGUGCUUCUAGUGACAUGCCAUUUGGAAGUGCACUUCUGCAAGCUCUGGUGUCAAGUGAUGUUAAUGGAGAUAUGGAGGCAUGUUGCAGAGCAUCUAGUGUUCUUACUCACAUAAUCAAGGACAACUUGCAAUGCAAAGAUCGCGUAUUGCAAAUUCAGCUUGAAACACCUACGCCAUCCUUGGGACGCACCGAGCCUCUCUUGCAUCGGAUUGUUACGUGUUUAUCCUUUGCAGCUUUAGCAGGAGAGAAUGACCAAAGCAGUCAAUCAGAAGGAUCAUAUAUUCAGCCUGUUAUUCUCCGGCUACUCAUCACAUGGCUUGCGGACUGUGCAAAUGCUGUAAAUUGCCUUUUGGAAUCAGCGGUACACCUAAACUACAUAAUCGAGCUUGCUGCGAAUAAACGUUUCACCGGUUGCGUCCGUGGAUUAGCUGCUGUUGUUUUAGGUGCUUGUGUCCUCAAUAAUGCAAGCCGUGAGAAGGGCCGAGAUGCCUUUGCUGUUGCAGAUGCUAUAAGCCAAAAGAUUGGCCUUACUACAUACUUUUUGAGGUUCGAUGAGCUGCGGAAAAGCUUUCUUCACCUACCAUCAGGGCAGCAGAACCACAAGCAGCUUUCACGGUCAAGUGCAAACAGUAUGUCUGAUUUCCAAGAGAUUGAAGAGGAGGAAACAAAUAAAGGCGAUCAACAUCCAGUCCUUUCGGAAAUUUUUGAUUCACAAUUCGUUAGUUUACUCAGUAAGCUUGAGACUGAUAUUAGAGAAUGUAUAAUGGAUCUCUUCAGUCGAACAAAAACUGCAACUGCAGUUCUACCUGUUGAGUUGGAGCAGAAGAACGGGGAGGUUGACGGAGAGUAUAUCAAGCGGUUGAAGUCAUUUGUAGAGAGACAGUGCAACGAGAUGCAGGACUUGCUAGGCCGAAAUGCAAUCUUAGCAGAAGAUCUAGUGAGAACUGGUGGUGGCAGCACUUCAGAUUCUUCUGAGAAACCGAGCAGUGGCCGAGAAAGGGUCCAAAUUGAAGCCCUGAGACAAGAACUGGAGGGCACAGCACGGCGAAUAGAGGUGCUCAGAACUGAAAAAGCUCAGAUCGAAGCCGAAGCUAGCAACCAACGAAAUCUUGCAGUAAAACUUGAAUCUGAUCUCAAGAGCUUGGCAGAUGCUUACAACAGUCUUGAGCAGUCCAACUACCGCCUUGAUGCUGAGGUGAAAACCUUGAGGCAGGGAGGCAGUGCUCCCUAUCCGGACAUAGAAGCAAUAAAAGCGCAAGCCAAGGAAGAGGCAGAGAAGGAAAGUGAGGUGGAACUGAACGAUCUACUCGUCUGCCUGGGACAGGAGCAAAGUAAAGUUGAGAAGCUGAGUGCAAGGCUGGCAGAGCUCGGUGAGGACGUGGACACCCUGCUGCAAGGUAUCGGCGAUGAUGCUGCCUUGCCAGAUGACGAUGAUGAUGAUGACGACGAUGAAGACGACGAUGAAAAGUAA